AGAGAGAUGGCUUUCGUCGCAAGCGAGAGGGAAUCCCCUCCGACACCGCACUCUCCUUUCCAUGCUUCCCUGGUUUCCAUGACCUUUUACUGUUUGUUUACUCAUCUUCGCCUGCGCCACUGCGUUGCUCCCUCUACUGCUCAGUAGUCCUCCUUUCGCCUUUCCCCUUCGCUCAAUGUUCCAUUGCUCGCUUUGAUAUGCGUGUGUAUGCGGAGCGGGAGUUGCUUGACAGCUACACUGGCCAAAAAGAAGACGAGAAAAGCCUCUUUGAUUCGUCGCCUCUCUCUUUCUUGACUGUUGAGUGAGUGAUGAACCCCUGCUCGCUUCCCUUCUCUCUCCGAGGGGUUUUCUGAGGUUUAGGUGGACUCCAGAGAUGAGUUUGGCCAUCGCGGAGAAGAAGCCGCAGCAGCAGAGGCGGCCGGGUGGGUUCGUCGCCAUCUUCUUCCAGCUCUUGGAUUGGAACCGCCGGCUCGCCAAGAAGAAGCUUUUCUCCAGGAAACCCCUCCCUUCAGUUCGAGCCGCGAAAGGGUCGGCGAACAAGUACGGCGCCGACGACAAGAUGCCAUUGGCGAAGCUGCUUCUGAUCGACGAUGACAACCAGGGAGGUUUUCCGGGCGAAAAGAAUCCCGAGACCGACGUUGAUCUUGGAAAUGGGAUGCGAGCUCCGGGGCUGGUGGCAAGGCUGAUGGGUCUCCAGUCCAUGCCUGUUGUUGCGCAUGAAAGGCCGAGAAAGGCUACUGAUUCUAGCCGCCUUAGCAAUGAGCAGAGAAGCGGUCGGGAGUCUCUCCAGAUCGAUCAAGAUUUAUGCCUGGAAGAUGGUGGCAUCGGGAAGCUGGAAACUAGACCGCACAAGUUACAAAAGACGGGAGCUUUCUUGGAAAGGAAGCGGACUGACCAUGGCCGAACAAAACCAGGUGCGUCGGGCAAGAAGGUCCUUUCGUCCCCCUCAAAGGAGAAGCUUCGCAAGCUGGUGUCACCUGUGAAAAGCCCGAGAUUGCCGUCGGUGGAUCAUCGCACCCGGUUGAUGAAGGCUGCCACCAAGAUUCUGGAGCCUGGGUUGCAGUCUAGAAGUCGGGCCAAAUCUGCUUUGACUUACAUGGAUUAUUUGCCAGGUGAUGCAAAAGGCGCUGAUUUUGUUGCCAUCUUGAAGGAGUCGAAGGAACCGUUAUGUGAUCCUCUUCCCGAGUCUAGCAUGAGUUAUGGCAGUUUAGGUGGAACCUCGAGAUCAGAACUAGGCGAGGAAGAAUCUUCGAGACCAAAGAUUGGUUCAUCUUCAUUCAAAAUGAGUAAUGCUUCCUGCUCUCAUGCUGGUUUUGUGGAAGGUAGUUUGAUACCAUUUGACAUGCAAGGUGAACACAGCAGGAACCAAAAGACAUCUGUCCCUGUUCAAGCUAAGAUUAGUGUGCAAAGCAAAGUGAAGGGCUUAGCAGAGAGGUAUAACCAAAAUACAAGCAAGACCAAGCCGGAUGGGUCACCAACUGUAUUUCCACGGAAUCAGUUUACACAGAAUCCAUCAACACGGGUAAAAAAUAAAGCAGCUUUUGGUUCCAGCAUAUCUUCAAGAAAGCAGGGGGGAAGAGAUGCUUAUGGCUUGAAUGGCACGAAAGGUUCUGUCUUUAUUGACAGAAAUGUAGGGAACUGCAGCCGUUUGAAGACAGCCUAUGAGGAAAGUAGCCAUAGAAGGGCAUUGGGUAGUAUAUCUUUGGGGAAGAACAUGCCCCGUAAAAGAACAAUUAGUAGCUUCGGUGUCAAGAAUGUCGAUGCUUUCCAUUCAAGCCGUGCUAAGCAAAGCGUUAAAAGUGACAUGAGUAACCAGAAGGGAAUAAGACAUAACAAUAACGGGUCUGUUUACAAGAAAUGCAUCGAAAAUGACUCAAAGAAUGAUCAUGGUGAUCUUAUUUUCAGGAGAAAUGACAUUGUUUCUUUCACAUUCAGUUCACAAAUUAGGCAUGCAUCUAUGACAUCCGUAUCCGAAGGGGCAACAGAGAGAAGCAGGACAAAGAAAGAACUUAUUAAUGAUAUUGGUUCCAAUAAAAACUUGAUGUCGUUAGCAAAAGGUAGCAAUUUGACUUCUAAUAGAAGAGAAACUUUAAGGGGAGACGAACUAAGCAACCUGCUCGAACAAAAAAUCAGGGAAUUAACUUCCAUGGAUCGAGAAAAAUUAGAAGCUAGGGAUGCAUGGUCUGCUUCUUCCAUUUUUGAAGAGCUGGGAACUGCCAUUAUAUCCGAGCCAAAUUAUCAUAAAUAUACUAAUGGGUCUUCCCAGAAGGGUAUCAUGUCUUGCAGUGUAGACCUCUCUGUCUUUCCUAUCCAACAAUCACAGGAGGCAAAAUUUGGUCCUGCUGCUACAGUUCAUUCCACCGAGAGUAAUCAAUUCAGCCCAGUAUCUAUUCUUGAGGCUUCAUUUUCAAACGAAAGUUGCUCUUUUGGAAGUCUCGAUGCUAGCUCAGGUGGAAAAUUACAAUUCGGGCUGGCAGAAAGUUGCAACGCAACACAAUCAUCUGAUCUGGACACUGAACUUUUGGAUUCAGCAACUUCAGUUGACAUCAGGAAGUCUAUCAUACAUAAGAUCCGGCAUUUGACUUACAUAAGUUUAAGUGACCCUGACAUUCAAUGUGAUGACAUUGGAUUCUCAAAAACUAAACUUGGUGAAGCCAGGCACGCAAUUUUAAAUGCAGUACUGCUGUUUGAAAACUUCGCCUUGUAUAGGCCAGAUAAUUCUGUAGGCACUCUAGAAUCAUUUCUUUUAGACAUGCUACAAGCAAUUUUAGAUGCUCUUUGUGUAAAGCUGAUAGGUGAACCCAGUUACACAGGGAUGAAAGGGACAGAUCAGCUCAGAGAGCUAAUAUUUGAUUGCAUGAUCGAGUGCCUGAACUCCAAGUAUUACUAUUUGUGCAACUCUGAUUAUACGGCAUGUCGUAGCUUACCUUUCCUCACAACCCAAGAGCAGCUGAUGAGAGAAGUUGCCAAGGAGAUAAGAGGGUGGAUAGAUUUGGCUGGGAAAUAUCUGGAUGAUUUGGUCAAGAAUGAAACGGAAACUUCAUCUGGAAAGUGGACAUAUUGCAAGAUCGAAGCAUUUGAAGCAAGCACGGAGAUGGAGAGCAACAUACUUCAGAAUUUGGUCGAUGAACUGGUGAUAGAUUUCUGCCAAUGCUGAAAGGGACACUAAUCAAUGGAUGCUUAAUGAGGAAGAAAAUGAUAGAAGUUUGAUGGGUUAAUUGGUUACAGUGGAGUGCAGGUUUCGUUUUGUUUGUUCUGUUUUUGUUGGCUGUAAUUAUGACACUGGGAAGCAAGAUGUGAUCUUAUGUACAAAUUUCAAAAGGAAGAUUUGUGGAAGGCUGGUUUGUUGGA